GAGUGGCUCGCUUCUAUGACUCAGUAGUCAGUGCCGAGUCCUGCGUUUUGCUUCAUCUUCUUCAGUUUCUUCUUCUAGAUCUGAUCGCGAGUUUUCACCAAAGGUUUCAGUUUAUAAAAAUGGGUCGUGGAAACAGCUGUGGUGGAGGUCAAAGCUCAUUGGACUAUCUCUUUGGUGGUAGUGACGCUCCUGCUCCUAAGCCUGCUCCAGCUCCUCGUCCUGCUCCUACUGAAACCAACAACAGCACUGCACCACCUGUAUCAGCUCCGACUGCAACCGCGCUCACGACUGCUACUACUCCAGUUGAACCAGCUGAGGUCAACAAGCAGAUUCCAGCUGGUAUCAAAACUCCUGUCAACAACUAUGCAAGAGCUGAAGGACAGAACACCGGCAACUUCCUCACUGACCGUCCUUCGACCAAAGUGCAUGCAGCUCCUGGAGGAGGAUCAUCUUUGGAUUAUCUCUUCACUGGUGGGAAGUAGAAUAAUUUGCAAAGGCGUAUAUCUAUCUAUGCAUUGUCUUUGCUAUCAUUUUCUCGCUAUAAAAACUGUUUGAUGUGAGCCUUUAAAUGAUGAGAAGUCGGUUUCUCGUCUCUCCUUGUCUCAACUCUUUAUCUGUAAUAUUCUGCUGAAAAAUGUUUUGAAUCGUAACAAAAAAAAAAAAAAAAAAAA